ACUCAUUAAUUUGCGUCAUCUUGAUUUUGCUGAAAAUAACAUAAUGGGGAUGCCUAUAAAUUUGGGUGAAUUAAAAUGUCUUCAGACAUUAACUAGCUUUAUCGUCAGCAAGCAUAAUGGAUCUUGCAUUGGAGAGCUUGGGAAACUUACAAAUCUUCGGGGGUCGCUUCCAAUUUUAGAGCUCCAAAAUGUUGAAUCUCCCGUGGAUGCCAAAGAUGGACGCUUGAGGGAUGUGAAGUACCUUGAGAAGUUGAUAUUGGAGUGGAAAGUUGGUUUUUUUGCUUCAGAAAGUCAUGUAACUGUACUUGAUAGUCUCCAGGCCCAUACACACUUGAAAAGCCUCGUUAUCUACGGCUAUGGUGGUAAAAGUUUUCCAAACUGGGUAGGGCAUGCUUCAUUCUCUAAUAUAACAUCUCUUCGUCUAGAUUACUGUAACCACUGUUGCAGCUUGCCACCGCUUGGACAGCUGCCUUCUCUGCAGGACCUCUCUGUUGUUGGGUUGAAUGAAGUUGUUAAAAUGGGCCGUGAGUUUUAUGGCAGUGGAUCUUCUUCAAUUAAGCCAUUUGGAGCCUUGAAAGUUCUAAGCAUCAAGUAUAUGCUGAAAUGGGAGGAAUGGUUUUCUUUUGAAAACGAAGGUGGAGCUUUUCCUAAUCUUAGAGAGCUUGAAAUUUAUGAAUGCCCUAUGCUGACAAGAGGGUUGCCCGUCCAUCUUCCUUCUUUAGCCAAGCUUAAGAUCCGUGAUUGUCCCCAGUUGGUGGCUUCUGCUCUAUGUGAAUUAGAGAUUCCAACCCACUUGGACCAUUCAUCCCUUGAAUAUUUGAUGUUGGACGGUUGUGAUUCUCUCAAGUCCGUUCCAUUAGAUUUAUUCCCAAAGCUUCGACGUCUUGAAAUCAGAUUUUGUGGGAAUCUAGAAUCUCUUAGAGUUCGAGAACAACAUGAACAUGAUUUGCUCCUCUCGCUGAUACACAUAGACAUUCAUGGGUGCCCUAAGUUUGCAUAUUUUCCAAAAGAAGGAUUGCGUUCCCCCAAUCUUAAAGAGUUCCGGAUAGAGAAUUGUAGGGGUAUUCGUUCACUACCUGACAAGAUGCACAUUCUUCUCCCCUCUCUUGCGAAAUUGUAUAUACAAGAUUGUCCAGAAGUUGAGUCGUUUCCUGAAGGGGGCUUGCCUUCCAAUCUGGAAGAAAUUACAAUCUUGGAUUGUGAGAAACUCUUUGCGAGACGGAUGGGGUGGGAUUUGCAAAACCUCCCGUCUGUUAGAAUAUUCAAAGUCAUUGGAAAAUCUGAAGAUGUGGAGUCCUUUCCAAAUGAGGGGUUGCUUCCUACUAGUCUUAUCUAUCUUUACAUCAAUGGUUUUCAAAAUUUGAAAUCUUUGGACAAGAAGGGGCUUCAACACCUCAAUGCUCUUGAAGAAUUGGAGAUCGAGAGCUGCCCUGAGCUCGAGUGCAUGCCAGAAGACGGACUGCCUGCCUCCCUUUCUACUCUAAAUAUCUGUAAUUGUCCUUUGUUGGAGAAAGAGUGGGAAAGAAAAGGAGAAGAAUGGCGCAAGAUUGCUCACGUUCCGCACAAAUCGGUUAACUUCCAAUUGAUUUAUUGAGUUAAGAGUCUCCACUUUCUGUUAUAAUAUCAGCUUUUAUUCGCAGGUAAUCUAGAAUGAAAUACAAACUCCACUUGUGUGCUCAUGGAUUCAGUUGCAGAUGGUCAACGGCUGCUACUCACUUCUUCUCAACGGGUGCUCCCUCUUCAUCUGUGUGGGACGGUUUAAAAGGAUAAUUGAUGGUUGUUGACACAAUGCCCAAUUCAAUUAACAUUCUACAAGCUCAAUCUUGAUUCUGUCAUUUUGAGUUCACUACAAUGGAAUAAUUGCAACAAGAACCAGAUGGAUGUGAGCUGUGCUGACCCAGCAGCUGAUACUGGUGUCCAAUGUGGUCUAAUUGUUGGUUAUUACAAGAAGGUAGUUGCACAAAGCACGUAUGUGGUGCAUCUUGUGGGAGAGCAUGCAAGAUCGAUUAUUUAAGAGUUGAGAAGCUAGCUUCUUCCCGAAGCUUUGUGAAAAAAAGCAUAAGCCUUUUGUUGCAAAACCGAAAGCUACAUUCAGUCCUUUAGAGCAGUGUGCGAAAAAGAAAAGAAAAAAGAAGAAGAAGAGAGGCUGCUGCAGUGAAGACAACAGCAGUGCACUUGGGAGAGAGAUAAGCCAUUUUUGUCUCACUUGUAUUCUCACUUUCUUUUUUUUGGGUAUGCCGAGAGGUAAGGGAACUAAGAGAAGUUUUCUCUUUUGUAUAUAGUUCUCAUUUUUGUGUGAGAGUGAGAUAAGGGUGUAUUGGGGCUUUUGGGUCUAAGUGAUUCUCUUUGUGCUGCUCUUUGUACUCCAUCUUUGAUAGUGAAUUUCUCCCGGAUCGUCUCCGCCAGUGGAUGUACCCAAUGGAUCAAGCAAUGCCCUGAUUCGCAGAUGAUGAAGUUCGUAGGAUAUUCUCUAACAGCUCCAUUUACUCCGAUUGAUCCGAUUCAAGUAGCAGAUUGCCAUUUGAUCUACUGAACAGGAGUUUGACCGAUUCAAGUAGCGUGUCUGUUCACACUCAAAAAGAUCAAUUUCUUGCAAAUGCCGUGAUGGUUGCCAAGUGCUAUCUUCCUCCUAGGUUUAGCCUUUGCUUAAAUCUUUUCCAUUGAGAGCCUGGGAAUGGUAUGUGGAAGCGCAAAGCUGACGCUACUUUUCAACAUUGCCCGAUGAGGGGUUGUUGCCUGCCACCCUUUCCCCCAUCUUCGUAUCGGAGGCUUUCCAAAUUUAAAGUCUUUGGAUAAGAAGGGGCUUCAACACCUUACUGCUCUUGAAGAAUUAAAGAUCUGGAAUUGCCCUAAGCUCGAAUGCAUGCCAGAAGACGGCUACCUGCCUCCCUUAAUAUUCUAAAUAUCUUUUCUUGUCCUUUGUUGGAGAAAGAGUGGGGUAGGAAAAGAGACGAAUGGCGCAAGAUUGCUCACGUCCGACACAAAUGUGUUAAUGGUCAUCUAGAAUGAAAUACAAACUCCACUUGUGUGCUCAUAGAUUCGGUUGCAGAUGGUCAACGGCUCCUACUCACUUCUUGUCAACGGGCGCUCCCUCUUCAUCUUUGUCGGACGGGAUUAAAAGGCUCCAUUGAGAGCUACAAAAUGGUGCAAUCUCAUGCUUGGUGUCUUUUUGCUUUGAUGGCAAGCUCCUCUGCUGCAAGUGUUUCAGUUGGUGGUUCAAAGGUUUAUGUGCACAACUUAUUUAUUGAAGACAAUUUGGUCAGUCAAUUGGGAAAAAUGGAUGAUACAAUGGGGCUGUUGCAUAGUGCAUAUCUGCAAAUAAAAUGGGGUUGAUGCUUUAGUUACUGCUCACAUUGAAGGUGCAUCCUUAUGGAACAGCAUAUUGGACCAAUAAUUUAGGAUGAGCCUUCGUCUCACCUAAAGCCCACCAACAAACUAUCAUCACAAGAGUUUUCAAUGAGACAUCAGAAGACCGGAAGGUUCACAUGCAAAUUCAGCGAAGAAGUGAAACUGAAGAUAAUUCAAUGGUGAUUUAAGUAGUGUUCUUCAAUCCAGGUACUUAGAGCUGGCAAGUGGGAUAGUGCAACUUCUGGCUGCGUAUGAUCAAAGACAAGACAGCAUCUGAAAUUGAACUAAAGAAGGGGCAGAUUCCUUCUAGUCUAGUCUCUUAAUUCCUGGAAUAAAGAGCUUUUACUUGAAUGGUCAUCUUCUUGUGACAAUGAUCCUAAUUUCUUCGAUCUUCGGUGUAUACAAGAUUGGCUUCUCUAGAUAUCAGCUGCAGGAAUUUGGUUCUCAACAACAGCUUGAUUGGCUUUCAAUUUAAAUGCUAUUUUUGGAAGCUGUUAGAGACGGAAAUAGUUCUCAAGACAUUUACUAACUAUUGCCGAUUGUUUUCUCAUUUAAAACUUGAUACUAUUGAGACUCUCUCUCUCUCUCUCUCUCUCUCUCUCUCU